AUGAAUGACUUAAUAGCAAAUAUUAGUAGUGAUUGCAACUAAGAAUAUGAAGAAAUAAAUGGCGGCAGUCCUAUCUAAAAAAGAAUUUUAGAAAGAGGAAGUUUAAUUUAAUAAUUGAAUAACAGAGAUAUAGAUCAAGCAGAUAGUUGUCAUUCUACAUCUACUCAAAACUAAUCUUUGCACUAGAACUAAAUAAAUUCUAAGUAGAGUAGCAGCUAAAAGUCUUAAGAUAGAAAAAAGAGAUCAUCUUCAAUCUUAUAAGCAUCUAUAAGCUCCACUCAUACAACUAGUAGAUCAUUUGUACAAGGAAAUGGAGCAAAUUAAGUUCUAAAUGGUAAUAUUUGUAGUAAUCAUAAUAAUGGUUCUUAAAAUAAUACUACUUAUAUGUUUGAUGAGCUUUUUACUCUUGAUAGGGAAAUGUUUGCAGAAAAGUUGUAAAUUUAAAAUUCUGUCCUAAAAACUGAAAAGAAUUGUUUUGAACUGGAGUUAAAGAGAAAAGCAGAAAUUAUUGAAUAAUUGGAAAAAAAGAUCUAAGAAAUACAAAAGAAAUAUAAGAAUGACAUUGAAAGAAAAGAGUAAUUGGAAAUUGAAUAAACAAUACUUUAAAAGAAAAUAAAUGACAUUGUAAACAUUUAUGAGAAUAAUAAUGGGAAAGAGGAUGUAAAUUAAUUACUCAAAAUGACAACUGACCUAAGAUCUGAGUUAAAUUUAAAACAAAUGAUUAUUGAUAAGCAAAAGGAAACAAUUAAAUCUCUUUAAUAAUAGAAUGAAAUCCUUUAAAAAAAUGAAGUAGAAAUAUUAGAAGCAUAAAAAAAAUCCUAGUUAAUAGUUGAUAAAUUUGAGACUGUCAAUAAAGAUUUGUAAAGGUUUUUGAAAUAAUCUACUGAAAUGUAAAUCAAGCUCAGAAAUCAACUUAUGAUAAGUGAAAGUAACAGAUAGCUUCUUGAAGAGAAAUACAAUGUUCAUACACAAAGAGCUGCAAUCCUAAAUAAUAAUCACAACACUAGUAUGGGAUAGGAUCUCGGAUCUAGAGCAAGUCUGAUGAUGAACAACGAGAUAUUAAGAUAAACUAGGGGAUCUCAUGAACAAUCUUUUGCUUUUAACCAUUUAGAUUCUAUCAAUUAAGAUAUCAGUUUUAAAAAAUAAAAUUAAAAUCAAAUAAACUAAAAAAGAGAAGAAUUGAUAUAAUAUUAGAGAUUUUAAGAAAGAUCAAUAGAAGAUUAAUAAGAAUAAGAUACAAGCAAAGCUAGAAAUACCUAAAAAAUUACAUAAAAUAAUGAUAAAUAAAAAUAUACAUAGUAGUAAUUACAUAGCAAUUCUUUAGCUGCAGCAGCUGCAGAGUUUUCUAAAUUUUAAGGAAGUAUGCAAUGCCAUGACUUAUGCAAAGAGGAACUCUCUAACCAGAUUUAAGAAUAAGAAAGUAUUAUCAAUCUUAGCUUAUUAUCGGAUUCAGUAAAGUAAAAAGAAAUUAACACAAAUCAACCAUUAUUAAGUGCUAGGUAGUAAGGAAAUACAAACAAAUUGCUAUUGUAAUUUUAAAAUAGCUAAGUGAAAAAUAACAAUAACAACUUGAUGUCAAGCUUAAAAGAACAUAUACUUAGCCUUUCUGAAAAUAAAGAAAAUUUGAAUGAAUAGUUGCAUGAAAUUUUAAAGGAGUCUAAGAGAGGUAAUGAAAAAAAUGUAAAAGAGUUAAUGGUAAAAUUUGAGACUCGUUUAGGACAAUUUUUCAAUGAGUUAUCAAACCAAGCUGAAAUUUUAGUCAUUUUGUAGUAGCGUUUAGAUUAAUAGGAUAAUAUAAUUGAAGAAUAUCACAGAUCAGAGUAAGAAAAGCUGGAAGAGUAAAAAUAAAAAUAUAAAAAACAGAUAAAAAGUUUGUUGAAAGAUAUUGAUAUGCUAACUUCUCAAAAAGAAGAGAUUGUUAAAAAAUUUGAAGAAUAAGUGAACUAAAGUUACGAAUAGGCAAAAACUGAAGUGCAAAGAUAGUACUAAAAUCAAAUUGAAGACUUGAAAUCAUUACUUGACUAGGCAUUAAUAAGAGAACAAUAACUUGAUUUAUGUGUGAGAUAAUAUAAAGAGAAUUCUAAUUAAAAGUAAUAAAGAAUGCUUUAAAGGUUCAAAAACAAUAGCAUCAGUAGCUAGAAUUUAAAUGGAGUAGGGAUAGCCUUGAAUAAUAGCUACAAUUUGGUAAAUGAAAAUUAAAAUACAUAGAUAAAUAUAGAGAAAAUAAAUUCAGGAUUUUGUGGUGAUCCUGGUUCUAAAACAAACAGAGAUAACAUUUAGCACCAAUAAACAAGGGAUGAAAGUGAAUUUAAAGAAAACACAAACUCUUAAAAUAUGAUAUCAAACAGAAAUGAAGAAAACAAUAAAUCAACCUUGACAAAUAAAACUUAUUCUCCUGCUCCUUCAAACUCUAUUAAUUAUCUAUCAACUGAAUAAUUAGAAAAUGUGAAUUGUUAGUUUUCUGUCAGAAAUAAUACCUCAAAUAUAAAAUUUGUCCCUAACCAAAUAGAGGGUAGCAUCAACCAAUAAUAAAUUUUCUAUCCAGUAUAAAAUAAUAAUCUUUAUUAAUCAACUUAAUCAGAUAAAUAUAUGUAGAGAAAAACUGAUGAGAACAGCUACCACUCUUCAAAGAAUUAUAAUUUAUCAGUUUCUAGCUAAUCUAAUUAGGUUGAAUAAAAUUCUUUGGAUUUUUCUCAUGGAUCACAUCAAUAAUAAUAAAUUUUUAAUAAUAACAACUCAAUAAGAAAUAGCAUAGAUACUAACAGAAGUAGCAGAAACUUUAACAAAAUAGAAUCAAAUUUUAACACUACAGAUAACAGAUAGAUUUAUUAAAAAAUAAUCUAAAACAAUACUAGAUAAUCUUACUAAUAAGAUUAGAUAAGUAUGCUAGAAGAGAAUUAAAAUAGUUCUGUUUAAGUUUAAAAAAGGUUAAUUGAUCAAUUUAGCACAGAGGCUUAUUAGAAAUAAAACAUGUAGAUAAAGAAAAAUAUGUCUAGUAAUACUUUACAGCCUCAUCAAUAUUAAAGCUAACAAGAAAACAAGUAUCACAAUGAACUUAAGGCUUCUUAAAAAUCAUAUGAUUCUUAAUCUAGCUACCAUCUCUAAGAUACAUUCGGUUAGUAAGAUCAAGGUUUCAACUAACACUAAUCAAAGUAACUCUCAUAGUACAACCAGAAAUCUAAUAAGAUGUAAUAAAAAGCAAACUCAAGCACUUUAGCCAGAGCUAAUUCUUAUACUAAUUUAAAUUCUAGUAGAAACAACUCUCAAGCAGGUUCCUCUUGUGUUGGAGAAUAGAUUGAAAGUAUUCAUAUUAUGAAAGAAUCUAAAUAAUUAAAUAGUUUUUAAAACUAUGACUCCUAUAACAGCAACUACAAUAGUUAAAGGUAAGUUAUACAACAAAUAAAUGGUUUAAAUUAACCAAACUAAAUUUUAAAUUAAGAACAUUUUUCUGAAGAGCAAUCAAAGUCUAACAACUCUGACUUGAACGCUUUUAAUAACUUUACAUUUACUUAAUCUUAAUAAAAUUACAAUGAUUUUUCUGAUAUAGAAGCAUAUUAUAAAUAAUAAUAACAAACAUUACCAAACAUAGCAAAGCUAUAAGAGUACAAUUAAAUUUAAUAAAAAAUAAAAAACAAAAACCUAAAUAAACUUUAAAUUGUAACUGACACAUAUGAUGAGCAUAAAUUAGACUAAAUUUAAUGUUAGAAUUAGAGGAGCGAUAAUUUAAAAUUUGCUGAUGUAAAUAAAUCUUCAUCUUGCCAAAGGAUAAGAUCAUAAUCAUCUUCUUAAUAUAAUUUUGUAAAUAACUAAUCAACUUAAAACUCAUCAGAUCAUAUGCUAACAGAAAAUAAUCAAGAUUAAAUGAAUUUGAAAUAAAAAUAUAAUAAAUGA